UGUGGAAAAAGAGAAUGACUAUACCCAUGUAAGUUUGUUACGGCUUUACAUAUGCAAAGAAGGUUUGAAGCCCAAUAGACUAAAAAUAAGUAUUUGUCUAAAAAUCUCAAGUUAAUGAGCCCUCGCUGAAUGAGCUCAUCGCCGUUUAACUGACUGCAGUUACAUCCAACCCCCCUGGAGCUUUCUCUAUGCGGCAUUGAACUGGGUAUGCGGAGAGGUGCAUAGCCUCAUUAAAUUCUCGCUUCCACUGGGAUAGGCAGACGACGCCCUUGCGAGUUCUGCCAUAAGUGAAGGGUCGCCCGGUAUCCACGAUGCGCACGGCCGAUUGGAGCAGGUGUUUUCGCCUCCUUAUUACUGAUUGGUGUUUGGCCACAUUGUAGGGAUUGUACGGAAUUUUGUAGAGGACUUCUUUCUAGUCUAAAAUGUCAAGGCGUGUUCGCAAUGCAGUCGUCGAUUUGCACGUUACGUGUAUUUGCUGUUCGUCCAAGUGUUUUUCGACGAGUUGAAACAAAACCUCAAAUCAGUAGGGGUUUUUCAUGUUUUUGUCUAAUGAACUUUGCUUAAAAUAUCUUUUGGAAUAACGUUUUUCUGCACAUCUCGUGUGCGCGUAACCAUGCGCCUAUAGAUGGUUUUUUUUAAUUUCACGCGAUGACUAAUCUUUUGACGUAAGGUCAUUAUUUCAAAAUCUCGGGAGAUUUCAUUGGCGUUUGUCUAAGAAAAGGACAUUUUUCUACUCUUUUAAUUGGUUCCUUGAUAAGUCUUUUUGUACAGUUUCGUUCUAGCGGCUGCCUCCAUGCUGACUUGCUAGCAAGAUAUUUGGGAUCAAUUUAACUAACAGUUUUUCUGCGACUCUCACUUUGUUAUGACUCUGGGGCCUGCUGACGUCCUAUUCCUGUACAAAUACGUUUCUGUUACACUUCUCUAAACCGGUUCUUUACUAUUUAGAUGGGUAUUUAGAUAGAUCAGGGCGAGGUUCUUUGUUUACUUUGUCCAAUCCCGUUUACGAUUUCCUCUAAGCAACCGUCUUCUCUUCCUACUGUAUGCUGACUGUAGAUUUCUUACUCUGCCUCUAUUUAUGACUGAAAUCAGAGGGCUGACUCGAUAGAUACUAACUGUCUUCCAUCGAGUUGCAACAUCUCGCGACGAAAUUCCCUCCUUUUCGAUUACGUGAAACCGUGGCGUCGAAGUCAUCGGUCACACAGUACACACUGGCGUUCACAGUCCUUCGUGUGUCAAGACGAUGAGGUGUUUGUCACACAGGACUGUUCCAAGGAGGCACUCAGUGCUGGCACGCCGGUACUUGCCGUCUUUGUAUUCUAAAACUGCGCACUGUCGUCCGCUUUCUUCAUUCGCACGUCACAGCUUCCUGCACGCUGAUAACUUCACCAGCAAUUUCACGUUUCGUUGACUGUGCGCAGCCUAGCCUCAUUGUCUCUCUCUGGCUUUAAUUCCACUUAGAGCAAGGAACGCAGCAAAAGGAGCACCUGCCUCUCAUCCCCCCCUGAAGACAUCCAACUUGGUAGAUCAAAGUCCAUCAAGGAGCCUUCUAUGUCUGGAGACGAGUAA